GGACAGUCUUAAAGUGACUGGUGUGAGGAAUGUGACAAGAAAGGAGGGCGCAUCGCGAGAGAACGAGAUCCGCAUAGACGUUGCAUGUAAACGCAAGAUCGGUGUGUGUGCAUGUGCGAGAGGGAAGGAAAGAGAGAGGGAGAUAGCGAGAAGGAAAGUGAGGAGGGAUAGAGAAAGUGAGAGGGAUGAGAAGGAGACAGAGUUUGCAUUUAUCCAGGAGACACCUUAAUUCCUGAUGGCUGUUUGUUGUCUGCAAGAUCGACCUCACCGAGCCUUCAGCCUGUGAAGCAUUCGGCACUGGCCGGCAGUAGCACCGCCUCUUACCCCAGCAGCGAGCUGUGAGCGACGCCAGCGAGAGCUAAUGAUAAUUAAGCCCCUGUCUGUCUCGCAACCACAUACUCCUAUGCAGCCAACCAGUGGGCUCUGGGCGGCUCUAAGCAGAGCUCACACCCUCCCUUUGGGUUUAUUGAGAGUUAUAUGAAGAAAUCCAGUUCAGAGGGAAAGGGAGAGAGAGGGAGGGCUACCUAGCGCACGUCUGCGAGAGGGAUAGUAUAAAGAGGGGAGAAGAAGAAGAAGGAACACCUUGCCAUCUCACAACGAUUCGUUUGGGGAUUUCUGGCAGCCCCGGCCAGCAGCAUCACUCCCACUCUGACAUUUGCCUUGUUGCCAAGUUUCACACUCGUGUUUUUCUAUAUGUUUUCCCUAUUAAUGCCGCUGCUGUGACAGAUGGGAACACCGCACGCUGCUGCUGCUUCAUGGAAAAUAGAACUGACUUGAUUUACCCAACAGGAUCUGGUCCCCUUUACACGUCUGACUGUCGUGCAGGAACACAUGAUUACCGGUGGCCCCAGCGGAGAGAAUGAUGGAUAAUAGAACUGAGCAAUGAGCAUUGUGCUUGGAGUUGCUAAAUCACCAUCCGGGAGAAACACAUUUUGAAAGAGCUUAUUUUUUAUUUUUUUUCCUUUGGUUUAUUAUUCACAGACUGGUUGUGGUUGUAACGAUGCCAGUCGCUGCUGGAUGGAUUCCUAGAUGCACAGCACCCGCUCAGCCAAGGGACGGAUGGGAAGUGUGAAGUUUAGCAUGGUUGCCUGUUAUCCUGUGCUGUUCGUGUAUUUUCGCUGUAUCUUGCGAGUAUUUGUAAAUCUUGGUGUGAGGGCGCACUUCUAAAGCACUGGCUGCAUCUCUACCUGCCUGUGUCACCCUGCUGGAACUAAUCCCAGGCAUCAGCCGAUGCACAGCCUCAUGCAGAUGAGCUUAGUGCCUAGAAACUGGCCAGUUCACGCAAAGUCUCUGCUAGGAGUGCUUGCACCCGUGUAAUCUGCAGUUAGCAGAGCAUCUCUGCACGAGCCUAGUUCUUCACCUGCAUUAGUAACCAACAGUAUUUAUGAGUAUUAGCUGAAAAUAACAUCCCGGGGGCUAACACUUUAGUAAUAGACUGCGUAUUUUCACCAUCAGAAGGAACAUAAAUGUCCAGAUACUCUUGUAUUGCUCACCCGUGGCUACGCAUAACUCGCAUCUGGACUGGGAACCACUGGCUUCUGCUGGCUCCAAUUAGAAAUGAGAUGUAAGGCAUCUUGCAGUCCAUGCACGCCUCCUCUUGCAAAUCGGCACCAUUUCUCAGUGACAACCCUUAAAUCCUAAAAUCCAAGAAAACAAAGGAAGCACAUUAUCAUGGACCUAAGGGAUUUUUACCUGUUGGCUGCUCUUAUUGCCUGCUUAAGGCUGGAUUCUGCAAUUGCCCAAGAACUUAUUUACACUAUACGAGAGGAACUGCCUGAAAAUGUACCAAUUGGAAACAUACCAAAGGAUCUCAAUAUCUCACAUAUCAAUGCUGCCAGUGGGACGAGCAAUAGCCUUGUAUACAGACUAGUUUCUAAAGCAAAUGAUUCUCCUUUGGUCAAGGUGUCCAGCACUGGAGAGAUCUUCACAACCUCCAACAGGAUAGACAGAGAAAAACUAUGUGCUAUAUCAUAUCUUUCCGAGGAAAACGAAUGUUUCUUUGAAAUUGAAGUCAUUAUUCUCCCCAAUGACUUUUUCAGGCUUAUUAAGAUCAAAAUAAUUGUCACAGAUACCAAUGAUAAUGCACCCAUGUUUCCGUCAACUGUGAUUAACAUCUCUAUUCCAGAAAAUACUCUUAUAAACAGCAGAUUCCCUAUUCCAUCAGCAGUGGAUCCUGACACAGGUUUCAAUGGAGUGCAGCACUAUGGACUUUUAAAUGGACAAAGUGUUUUUGGACUGGACAUUGUUGAGACACCAGAGGGGGAGAAAUGGCCACAGCUUAUAGUGCAGCAAGUCCUGGACAGAGAGCAAAAAGACACCUAUGUGAUGAAAAUCAAAGUUGAGGAUGGUGGAAACCCUCAAAAAUCCAGCACCGCUAUUCUUCAAGUUACAGUAAGUGAUGUAAAUGACAACAAACCAGUAUUUAAAGAAAGUCAAGUAGAAGUCCAUAUUCCUGAAAAUGCUCUCACGGGGACUUCUGUAGUUCAGUUGCAUGCAACAGAUGCAGACAUAGGCAGCAAUGCUGAAAUCAAAUAUAUUUAUGGUGCCCAAGUGACAUCUGCUACCAAAAGACUUUUUGCUUUAAAUAACACUACUGGAUUAAUUACAGUUCAGAGACCAUUGGACAGAGAAGAUACAGCAGUUCACAAGUUAACUGUCUUAGCUACAGAUGGCAGUUCCACACCUGCAAGGGCAACUGUUACCAUUAAUGUGACUGAUGUGAAUGAUAACCCACCUAACAUCGAUCUCAGGUAUAUUAUAAACCCUAUCAAUGGAACAGUAUAUUUAUCAGAGAAAGAUCCUACAAACACCAAGAUAGCACUUAUAACAGUCUCAGAUAAAGACACUGAUGUCAACAGCAAGGUCAUCUGCUUUAUUGAAAGAGAAGUACCCUUUCACCUAAAAGCUGUUUAUGAUAACCAGUACUUGCUAGAGACUUCUUCUUUGUUGGACUAUGAGGGCACCAAAGAAUUCAGUUUUAAGAUAGUUGCAGCUGACACUGGAAAACCCAGUCUCAACCAAACAGCCUUGGUGAGAGUGGAGUUAGAGGAUGAGAAUGACAAUCCUCCAAUUUUUACCCAGCCUGUAAUUGAGCUAUCAGUGUCUGAAAACAACCGCAGAGGUCUAUACUUAACUACUAUCAGUGCCACAGAUGAAGACAGUGGUAAGAAUGCAGACAUUGUUUAUCAGCUUGGCCCUAAUGCUUCUUUUUUCGAUCUGGACCGGAAGACAGGAGUUUUGACAGCCUCAAGAGUUUUUGAUAGAGAGGAGCAGGAUCGUUUCCAUUUCACAGUCACAGCCAGAGACAAUGGCACUCCUCCACUGCAGAGCCAAGCUAUUGUAAUUGUGACUGUACUAGAUGAGAAUGACAACAGUCCCAAGUUUACACACAACCACUUUCAGUUCUUUGUAUCUGAGAACCUACCAAAGUACAGCACAGUGGGUGUUAUUACAGCUACAGACUCAGAUGCAGGAGAGAACAAAGCUGUAACCCUUUCAAUACUUAAUGACAAUGAAAAUUUUGUGCUUGACCCAUAUUCUGGUUUGAUUAAGUCCAAUGUUUCUUUUGACAGAGAACAACAAAGUUCAUAUACAUUUGAUGUUAAGGCUGUAGAUGGAGGGCAGACUCCACGUUCCUCCACUGCAAAAGUAACAAUCAAUAUAAUGGAUGCUAAUGAUAAUAGCCCUGUAGUUAUCUACCCUCCAUCCAAUACGUCAUUUAAGCUGGUGCCUCUAUCAGCCAUUCCUGGCUCUGUUGUUGCGGAGGUUUUUGCUGUAGAUAUUGACACUGGGAUGAAUGCUGAAUUAAAAUAUACGAUUGUUAGUGGAAAUAACAAAGGUCUGUUUCGAAUAGAUCCAGUGACAGGCAACAUUACUUUAGAAGAAAAGCCUUCUGCAGCAGACGUGGGCCUGCACCGUCUUGUAGUCAAUAUUAGUGACCUAGGAUACCCUAAGCCUUUGCACACUUUGGUAUUGGUAUUUUUAUAUGUCAACGAGACAGCUGGGAAUGCUUCCUACAUUCAUGAUUUAAUCCACAGGACUAUGGAAACUCCCCUAGACAGAAAUAUUGGGGAUAGCAGUCAACCCUACCAAAAUGAGGAUUAUCUCACAAUUAUGAUUGCCAUAGUGGCCGGUGCCAUGGUGGUCAUUGUAGUCAUCUUUGUAACUGUCCUUGUCAGGUGUCGACAUGCAUCUAGGUUUAAGGCUGCACAGAGGAGCAAGCAAGGGGCAGAGUGGAUGUCACCAAAUCAAGAGAGCAAGCAAAAUAAGAAAAAGAAAAGGAAGAAAAGAAAGUCUCCUAAAAGUUCUCUUCUGAACUUCGUUACCAUUGAGGAAUCUAAACAUGAUGACACUGUUCAUGAACCUAUCAACGGGACAAUUAGUCUUCCAGCCGAGCUGGAGGAACAAGGGAUUGGACGCUUUGAUUGGGGUACAGCUCCCCCAACCACCUUUAAGCCUAAUAGCCCUGACCUAGCUAAGCAUUACAAAUCUGCCUCUCCACAAUCUGCUUUUCAUCUGAAAGCAGAUACUCCAGUAUCAGUGAAAAAACAUCAUGUGAUUCAGGAACUCCCUUUGGACAACACCUUUGUUGGGGGUUGCGACACCCUCUCCAAACGCUCUUCCACUAGUUCAGAUCACUUCAGUGCCUCAGAGUGCAGCUCCCAGGGAGGCUUCAAGACAAAAGGUCCCUUACACACCAGACAGACAGAAAUCCUGAAAACAUGACCUGUUGUACUUGAGGAUUGGAGUUGGGAACCACUGCUCUACACGAUAAGUCAACUGGAGUGUAUUCUACGGAAUUAUGACUGUUUAGAGGACUGGGGAGCGAUGAAUUGGGGACCAAUGGUUUGAUCAUCAUGGAUUGGGAACCGAUGGUUUGAGCAUCACCAAGGGUCAAUGGUAGUUGUAAUUCACCACUGGGUCUACUGUCUUUUCUGUUUACUGUAUACAUUUAUUAUUUACAAUAUAAUGUUUAUUUAUUGUAUGACAGCUGAGGAUGUAUGUACUGUAAAUAUAGAAUGAUACUAUUAGUAUAACUCAUUCUGUAUCUCUCCAUUUAUUUUGGUCCAUAAAUGUCCAGGAAAUGCACAGCACAAAUCUAGCUUAUUGAUGAGUUAAGAUAAACUAUACAAUUAAAUGCUAUACACUUGUUCUUUCAUAUAUGCAUCCUACAUUGAUUUAAGUGUAACAGUAAUUUGAUUAUAUGACAUGUCACAUUUUAAAUCAAUUUACCACUGACAAUAUAAAUUUACCCCAACUAUACGACACUUAUAAAUAUCGUGUUUGAGGCAUGCUAUUUUACAGUAAUGUACAGUUACACGCAUCAAUAAUAGAAUAGUGUUGCACUAAUUAUGCAAAUACAGUCCUCACAAGGCAGCAAUUGUUUUGUUUUCAUUGGUUUCUCCAUAAAAUACACUUAGAAAUAGAUAUUUAUUUCAAUCUGUUACUACAAGAAAUCUGUACCUGUAAAAGACAAAAAAAUAAUAAUUAUGUAGACUAAGAGAUAACAAAGUUAUUACAGGUGAAGGUGAUACCUCUUAAAAAUGUGGAAAGUCUGGUUGCUGAGAACAUAUACAAAUUGUAUUGUUAUUUCUCCUUUCAAUAUUUAUAGUAAUUAAAACUAGA